UUCUAUACUCUGGGGUUAGUUACAUUUCAUGUGAAUUUAUUCUAGAAAAUCAAUCGUUUUCGAUUCGAAUAAAGUUGAACAAAAUUGAACGUUGAAUACUACGCAAAAUUCAAUCAACGGAAAGGUAAAGCGGUUGAACGAAAUUGAGUUUUGAAAAAGUCAUAAGUGAACUUGAAUUGUGACCGGCAGCCCGUGGUGUAAUUUUUUACGGUUUAUUAGCGAUUAUCAGCCAAUUAUUGAAAUCAUGGUAUCUUUCUGCGAGGUAGUUAACCAACAGCAGAUAGAUGUGGAGAAUGAAGUGCGUGACUCUUAUAAGCAAAUCGGAGAUGUAUACAUGAUAUUCAAUGAAUAUCAUAUUAACAAUGACACCGUGCGGAGUUACAACGCUGAAUUUGAAUCAAACAAUAGGCAGUACUUAGCAAAGAACACCUAAGAUUGAGGCGGAACUAGUUGAUUAUAUGGAAAGAAGCAACAAAAGUUGGGCGAUCAUCAAUAAAAAAAAUGUAGUGAUAUAUUGAGUCCGUUUCAAAACGUUUCUACAUUGUUGAGCGAUGCACAACGAAUUCUCAUCGAUGAUAUAUUGGGCAAAUGGAAACGUGAUCGAAUUUUGUUCCUCUACGGUGAAGAAAACUUACCUAGGACGACGAAAAUGAUCGAUAAUUUAAACAAUCUCAAAAGAACGCUCGACCAAAUUCAAACACAUUUCGAACAAUUGUUUGAAUUGGUUUGGUAUACGCGUGAAUUGUUAAGCCAAAUUCAUGACUGUUACUUUCACAAGGCAAAUGCUAGACCCCUAACGCCAUCUAUUGAUUUUUGUAGAAAUCAUUAAAAGAACUGAGCUUCAUGUCAAGUCUACUAUUAAGUCUAAACCUUAGACUUAACAGUGGACUUGACAUGAAACUCAGUACUUUACUUUAACUUAACUUACAUUUGAGCUACUUAAACUAACUUAAUAGCAAAACGUCAAACCAAAUGGUAGUUGUACUCGCUGUUGACGUCUAUUGUAUUUUCCUUGUGGUUACUUUUGUGCACACUUUAUGGAUACGCUCGAAGUGAAAAUCUCGCAUGAUUUCAACCUUAUGCUACAGAAAUUGAUGUUAGCGAGCUUUGUCAUAUGCGAACACCCAGAACAGGUGAUACAUAAGGACAGAAAGUAAGUCAUUAAAUUGAAAUCGAUUUUUGUUAGCAAAUUCUGCCAAAAAAAUCAGAGAUUACUAUGGAAUAUUUUGAUUCAUAUGGGAUAGAAAUAUCGCAUAAAAAUAACAGAUAUUUUUCACGCGUUCUGUUCAGCGAAACACAUAAAUACACAAUAGCGAUUCUGCACACACAAAGUCGCUGUUUUUUCGCUAUACUCUUCACACUUACUACUAAAUAUUAGAUAUUUUUGGACUCUGAACAUUGAAUGCGUUGAACGUUGAACACAACGCGUGAAAAAUAUCUGUUAUUUUAAUGCGAUAUUUUUAUCCUAUAUGAAUAAAAAUAUCCCAUAGUAAUCUCUGGUUCAAAUUUAUCGAUUUACAAUUGGCGAAAAUUACACAAAACACAGGAAUGGAUGUAAUGGACGAAAAAUUUGCGCUGCAAUUUCGAUGCUCGAUAAGAAUUCAAAACUAUCCAACAAUAUUUGAGCUAGUUUUUCUGCACUACAUUCAUAUUUUGUUAGAUUUAUUCGUGACUGCCGAGCAACAUACUUUCGUUUUCUUUUACAAGUGAUUUUCCAAUGUAGUUGUUUGACCAAUGUAGUUGUUAUCGGCAUAAAGAAUGUAUACAAUAUAUUAAUAGCAGUUUUACUGUUCGUUGUAGUUGUUUUUACUCAGUUGUCAAAUAUACUGUGUGUGUCAAUUUGUUCACUGGUCUGACUAAGUGUCAACUCAAUGUUAUCAAGCUCCUAACCUAUCAAUAGAACUUCCACGAAGUGUUUUGACUUUUGUACGUGCUUUAAUAUGUGCAAUUGAACGAUGCUAUGUUUAUCUUCCACUUCAUCCCGCUCAGCUGCGUCUGUCUUGGUCUGCGUCUGCCAAAUUAUGCCGAAUUAUUUCAAUUUUUUUUUCUCGUCGCAACCAUGUUGUCUUUCUACGAGAUAGUCAAUCAACAUCAGAUGAAUGUAGAAAACGAAGUGUGUGAUCUCUAUAAACAAAUUGGUGAUAUACUUAGGAUAUUUAAUGAAUAUCACAUUAACAAUGACACUGUAGAGAGUUACAACACUAAUUUCGAAUCAAAUACAAGGCAGUACGCAGAAUAUUCUCAACGAUUCCUUGAAUUAGAUUCGGAGCCCAGAACGCCUGCAAUUGCAGCGGAACUAGAUGCUUGCAUACAAAUGCGCGACAAAAUGUGGCAGAUCAUCAAUCAAAACAUCUUGAGUCCGUUUCAAAACGUUUUUACAUUAUUGAAUGAUGCACAACGAAUUCUCAUCGAAAAUGUGUUGGGCAAAUGGAAACGUGACCAAAUUUUGUUUCUCUACGGUGAAGAUAACUUACCGAGAACAAAGCAAAUGGUCGAUAAUCUAGGAAGUUUACUCGAUUAAAUUCAAACGCAUUUUGAAAAAUUGUUUGAAUUGGUUUGGUAUACGCGUGAAUUACUAAGCAAAAUUCAUGACUGUUACUUUCGUGCAAACUUUGUUGGUACACUGGCAGCAGAAGCUCAUGGCCUCAAUCGUAUACUACAGAAAAUGCUAUUAGCGGGUUUUGUCAUAUUCGAACAUCCAGAACAGGUCAUACAUAAAGAUAAAAGAUUUAAGGCAAAAGUGCGUGUACUUUUGUCUAAAUACAUUACACAAGUCAGGUUUCAGGUGAGUUUUGAUAAAUGUCAAGAUGAUGCCUUUCGGUCUAAGCUAUUGACAAAUGAUUGACAAAAUAACGAGAAAUUACGAACACGAUACUUUUCAUCCAGUCAAUGAAGAAAAAAAACCUUUGGAAUAAAUUUUUGAACAAAUCUUCUAACGAUUUUCCAUUUUCUUCACCACCGUACAGAGAGUCAAGUGAAACAACUGCACCAGCACCACAAACAACAACAAGAGCAGGACCAAUGGUUAACUCCGUUGAAUGAAAAAUUACACGACAUUCCCUACCCCAAUUUUGCCGCGUUUCCAUUGCCAUGCGAUAAUUUAGAGUUUAAUCUAACAGAUAUGAGACUAACGACAAUUGCGCGAACUCCAUUGAUGGGUGCAAUGGACGAAAAAUUUGCACUCCAAUUUCGAUGCUCAUUAAAAAUUAAAAAUGAACUAAAAUCGGAUAUUUGGACGACAUCGGUGCCAGUUGUGGUCACAACGAAUGUGAGUCAAGAUGCAGAAGGUUGGGCCGCCAUAACAUGGGAUAAUUCGUUCUUUGCAACCGAUCGAGAUCCAUUCACCGUUCCCGAAAGCGUCCCUUGGUCGCAUAUGAAGUGGGUUUUAUGCACGAGAUUCUUCUAUCAAACGGGCUGCCAUUUGAAUGAACAACACUUGCAAUAUUUGUAUAAAAAAAAUUUCGGACUUCCAUACGAUCCUUCCGGAGACGAUCGUUUCAUUUCAUGGCAUCAAUUUGCUAAAGAUAAAGGAACGAGAAAAUUCACAUUUUUCACUUGGUUCUACGAGGUUACAAAACUAAUACGAUCGCACCUGAGCAAAGAAUGGGAAAAUGGUCUCAUCGAAGGCUUUAUUAGCAUGGAUGAGGCGUCGGAAAAGCUUCAAUACUCUAAAUCGGGCACAUUUUUGCUACGAUUCUCGGACAGUACGCCUGGUGGCAUUUCAGUUGCUUCAUAUACAACAAUAGACAACGUUCUAGGAAUUCAUCAUAUGACACCGUAUGUUCGUAGUGAUUUCGAUAUAAAAAAGCCCCCCUGUACAAUUGGUGAUUUUAUUAAAGAUCUCUUCUACUAUACCCAUCUCUAUCCAAAUUUGGAAAAAGAUACAGUAUUCUGUUUCUAUUACACACCACCUAAGCGGCAGUCUGGACCAUAUGGCCCAAAAAAAUGCAUGGUAAUUGGGUAGGACAAUUCAAAAGAAACUUCGAGUCUCAACUAAAUCACUGGAAGAGAAUUAAUCACUGGAAAUAAUAAGAAAAAACUGGCGUAAGAUCAAGGCAAAACUAUCCAAUUUGAAUGUGCAGCGUAAUAUCAGUGAACAAACAUUAGUUGCUCAAAAUAGAUUGUUUGCUGUUUUUAAACUGCUACAAUUGCCGUUUAACUUCAAAUCGAACGAGGCAACAUAAAUGGCGUGUUGCGACCAAUGAACUAUAUCAGAAGUUAUCAUAAAAUCACAUACAGAAUACCACCACACUAGACUUUCUCUUGGUCGAUUUGAUUGGAUUAAAAUUUAAUUUUUUUCUCGAUUUAUUGACACGAGAGGCACUAAAAAGUAAAAAGAACGCAAUGAAAUUUCAAUAGAAAAUAGAAUUGAGAAUUAUUUGAAUUGAAAAAGGUAAAGAAACAUUUUUUAAUUGUAAGAAAAUCAUUUUAAUUAGUCAAGUUUUAUAGUCAAUAAAAAGUUUUAA